CGCGAGACGCCGUUGCCAUGGCAGCGGUCUGAGCGCCCGACUGGCGUUUGCAGGGGAUCUCAAGAGCGGCGGGCGCGUCGGGGCCGUCCCAUGAGCCGACUAGACACAGGAGCUAAGGCUGCGACGCCGGAGACUGGGACCGAAGAGCUGCUCAAGGCCAGCCCUAACACCUAAGACGGGAAGCCAGGAACCUGCAUGAGCCUCUGACCCUGAGCCCCAGAGCCCACAGUCUAGUCCAAGACCUUGACAUACUCCGCCAGCCAGCUGCACAGUCAGGCACCUGUGAGAGGAGCCACAAGGAUGGCGCACCUGCUGGGCAACCAGGCCUGUAUGGACAGCCUGCGCAAGGACCUUACCGACCUGCAGGGCGCCAUCGUGGACGUGUUCUCCCGCGCUGGGCCUGUGCGUUUCCCCUCCUGGAAGUUCCCUGACCGAGUAGCCUGUGACCUGGACAUGGUGGCCCUGCUAGAGCACUAUGACCAUGUGCCGGGUGACCCCGAGUUCACGCAGCUCUCCCAUGCUGUUCUGCUGGAGCUGGUCAUUGACAGGCUCCUGCUCCUGCUUCAGAGCUGUGCAAGCUACUUGGAGAACCUCGGCUCAGGGCAGACAGUGCCCCCUGCCCGGGCUGCAGGGCCCUGCAUGUCUGUGGGGCUCACUGUGCGGUGCUUCUGGAACAGCCUGCUGAGGCUGGCCAUGCUCUACCAGCAGGCGGCCCCCCAGAAAAGGGCAAACCAAGGGGAGACCCCCAUCUCCAAGCCCACAGCCAAGAGUGAGCCAGCCAAGAGCCCUGAAUUUGUGACUGCCAAGUUCAUCAAGCCCCCCUCCCCACUGCCAGUCUUGCCCCAGACCUGCCAAGAGUCAGACAGCCCCAUUAGAGUCUCCUUGCAGUGUCCAGCCAGGACCACUGAGAACACCAGGAGUGUCCACUCGCAGACCGUGGAGACGGCCCUGGUGCCCUGUGAUGCGUGCACCAGUGUCCAGGGCAGCCUGUGUGAGGUGGGCAAGGUGGUCAUCAGCCUGUGUCAGAGCCAGAACUUGCCCUCAUCUUUAGGCCAGUUCCAGCAGCUGGUGCAGGACAGUAUGGGGCUCAGGCCGCUGCCGGCCACCACUGUGGGCCACUGGGCGGCAGAGCAGAGCAAAGACCUGAUGCGCCUCAGUAAGCAUGUGGGGGCCCUCGCUCAGCUCGUUGGGCCCCUCAGGGCCCAGCUGGAGGAGGCCGAGGGGCAGAAGGAUGGACUGAGGCAGCAGGUGAGCAAGCUGGAGCAGGCACUGCAGCAGGAGCAGGUGGAGCGGCGGCGGCAGGCGGAUGAGACUGAGCAGCGCCUGGCCACGUGGGAGCGCCACAAGCAGCAGCUGCUCUCAGAAACAAGUGACCUCAAGACGAAGGUGGCCACCCUGGAAGGGGAGCUGAAGCAGCAGCAGGAGUCCCUGCAGGCUGUGGAGACAAAGGCCCAGCAGCUGCAGAAGGAGGCCGAGUGCAGGGCAGAGGCUGAGAGGCAGGUGCAGCAGCUGGAAGAGCAGGUGCAGCUGCUGGCAGGGCGGCUGGAUGGGGCCAGCCAGCAGAUCCGCUGGGCAAGCACCGAGCUGGACAAGGAGAAGGCCCGCGUUGACAGCAUGGUCCGCCACCAGGAGUCCCUGCAGGCCAAGCAGCGAGCCCUGCUGCAGCAGCUGGACAGCCUGGACCAGGAGCGCGAGGAGCUGAGGGGCAGCCUGGACGAGGCCGAGGCCCAACAGGCCCACAUGGAAGAGCAGCUGCAGAGCGUGCAGAGCGAGCGGGAGCAGGGGCAGUGCCAGCUCCUGGCCCAGCAGGAGUUGCUGCAGAGCCUGCAGCAGGAGAAGCAAGGCCUGGAACAGGCGGUGACAGAUCUGCAGCUGACCGUCUCGGAGCUGGAACGGGAGCUCGUGGAGCUGAGGGAGCGGGAGCGGCUGCUGGUGGCCUUCCCGGACCUGCACAGGCCCGUCGAGGCCCAGAUCCAAAGCUCUGGCAAUGUCACGGACGACAUGGAGAGACAGAUGGAGGCCAACGACAUCCGCAUACGGGUCCUGCAGGAGGAGAAUGGACGGCUCCAGUCGAUGCUGUCCAAAAUCCGGGAAGUCGCCCAGCAGGGGGGCCUCAAGCUGAUCCCGCAGGACCAGCUCUGGGCCCAUUCCAGCAGGGGAAUCCAGGCAGCAGCGCCCCCAGCCCAGGCCCAGAGAGCAUCCCCAGGGCCCAUGGGCAGGCGGCACCCACCUGGUGGCAGGACAGCUAGUGCAGGCAGGACCCUGCCAGGCCAGCCCCGGGCAUCGCCACCUCAGCAGCCCAGCAGCCGGCCCAGCAAGUCCUCCCUGGAGGAUGUGACCCAUCCAACCACCUGUACCCAGAACCCUAUCCGGGCCUUGGCCAGGCUGAGGAGGAGACUGUCACCGGGCCAGGGCCAGGGCCAGGCCGGCCCUGCAUACCAGCCCCAGGAGCGGCCCAUGUAGCCUGCAGUGAGGUGGGGCUAGAGGACAAGUGGCUGGCAACACACCCAAUGUAAUAAAGCCCCAGCCAUCUGCCCACAGCAACCUUGGCCUCACAGCACUGGCUGAGCCAGAGGAAGAGUCUUUCCUUCCCCCUCCUAGGCAGGGACCACUGAGCCAUGCAGGUUAUUGGCCAGCAGAGGCCUGGAACGCCGUGGGCCCUCAGUAAAUGGGAGCUUCCUGCCUUCCUCCUGAUAGGGGCAAUGGGAAAAGAGGGCACACUGGGGGCAGAAAGAAGCUUCUAGCAUCUGGGCCAGGUGAAAGGCAGUCUUUCGAUCCUUAUAGCAAGGGCUAAGGGGUAACCUGGGCUCAGUGACCCCUGACAACAAAGAGCCGGGUUAGGGGAGAGGGUGUGCAGGGCAAGGAGAGCAGCUACUGAGACGGGCCUGGUGAGGAUGUCUGAGGCAAGGAAGGCGUCAGAGACCGGGGUCCUGGCUCCAGGCUCUUGCAGGCAGGCAGAGGCAGCAAGGCCUUCCCCGGCCCCAGGUCUGGACCUAAACCUGGGGAUGGGGACGCUAAGGACCCAAGAAAGUCAGCCCUCCUUUCACUGAGGAACUCCUCAGCUCCAGGAAAUGUGAGUCACAAAGGGUUUCUCUAAAUCCAGGAGGGUGGAUCCCAGGAGGCCACUGAAGGCAGGGCAAGGCCCCACCCAACCAGAGUAGGCGAGACCCCAGCCAGCCCUGGCUUUCCCAGGCCUGUGCCCUGGGGCCCAGGCACUGAUGCCACCAGUCACACCAGGGCUACAGCAAUCCAGUUUUCCUCGCCAAGACUCCAGCCUGCCCUGAGUCACCCUGUCUGUAAAGGACAGACUCUAAGACCUUGCUGAGGACUUCUCAGGGUCCUCAGCUUCCUAUGACACUUUCCCUUGGUGAGGGGGCCAGAAGGUAGAGCUACUCAGUUCACAGAGAAGGGUCAGCAGGGGCCAUGGCUGAACCAGGGUCUGCCCAACCCUUGCUUCUGUGGAGCCCGGGGGUUCCUGAGGGGGGUGCCUGGCCCUGCCCCUCACAGGUGAGAGCCAGCCCUUGGGGGGCUUCCUGAGGCAGGAGGCCCAGGCCCAAGUGCAGGGGGAGGAGCCAUCACAGCUCAGCUCCUCUCCACAGCCAUUUGUUAGCUCACUGUUCUGUAGGUCAGAAGUCUAGGCCCUGUGUGGCUGGGUUCUCUGUUCAGGGUCCUAGGAGGCUAAAAUCAAAGGAUCUGCCAGGUGGCAUUCCUUUCUCAUGGCUCUGGGGAAGAAUCCAGGCUCAUUCUGAUGGCUGGCAGCAUUCCCAUUCUUGCAGCUGUAGGACUGGGGUCCAUUUCCUUGCUCGCCACUGUCAGCAGGGGCCACUCUUAGCUCUUGGAGGCUGUCUGCCUUCCUUGCCACGUGGCCCCCUCCAUCUUCAAGUCAGCAACAGAGAAUUUCUCAUGUGGUUAGGUUAGGCCAACUUGGAUACUUUCCCUGUCUUAAGGUCCACUCUGCCACUUAACAUAACCUAAUUACCAGAGUCAAAGCCUUUAGCAUCCCAGUUCCAGGAUUCUACAAGGCACGUUAAUGAGGCUGGGGGAAAUCUUGGGGGUCAUCUUAGAAUCCACUUCCCACAGGCAGUAGAGCCCAAGGUGACUUGUUUUUUUAAUCUUAAAACACCACACAAAUUUUACCUCUUAUGUUAAAAUAUAUCCAUGUUUAUUUUAAUAUUAAACCUCCCCUCUCUUCUAAAAAAAAUGGAGCCCCUGGAAGAUGCACCACAUUUAUCCUGUGGCUUCAAGUAUCCUGGUCAGCAACCUGCAGCCCCACCAAGAAGCACAGGACAGGAUGGUUUCUAAGGCCUCUGGUCCCAGCCAGGCCUGGGAAUGGAGCCCAGCUGGACAGGCAGUGAAACCUACAGCUCCCAGUGCCCAAGGACCAAGGGCAGCAGGCAGAGGAGGGGCCUCUGGGUUUAACAUCACAGCCUUGACCAACAUGUGUCCUGAAAAAUGGUCAGACUAAGGUGUCCCCAAGGCCAGACAGCUCUUCCCCCACGUCACCCCCCAAUAAAUAAGCACAGAACCGGGGCACUGCAGCCUCAGCCCCCAGGGAUGUCCUGACAGGCAGGCUGGCAGGCCGGAGAGCUCCCGGAGCCCUGGGAACAGCAGUACUGCUCCACACUUUCCCCAAACCCCUGCCCAGGGUCCUGGGAGCUGCCUGGGAGGAAGGCAGACACAGACGGCUCAGGAUGGUAGAGAAGGGCCCCAGAGCGGCCUCUCUUCCUGGCCAGUCUGGGCCCUGCACCCUC